CAGCUGUAGCCUCAACUCGCGAGACUGAAUGAGCGAAGUGAUAAGUUGAGGAAACAUGGCGACGUCAAAUUUGUUGAAGAACAAAGGUUCUCUGCAGUUUGAGGACAAGUGGAACUUGAUGCGCCCCAUCGUUCUCAAGCUGCUGAGACAAGAGUGUGUCACUAAACAGCAGUGGUUUGACCUCUUCUCAGAUGUGCAUGCAGUAUGUCUAUGGGAUGACAAAGGCCCAGCUAAGAUCCACCAGGCCCUCAAAGAAGACAUCCUAGACUUCAUCAAACAAGCCCAAGCCCGGGUACUGAGUCACCAGGAUGACACGGCCCUGCUCAAGGCCUACAUCGUAGAGUGGAGGAAGUUCUUCACCCAGUGCGACAUCCUGCCUAAGCCCUUCUGCCAGCUGGAGAUCACUCUGAUGGGGAAGCAGGGGAGCAACAAGAAGUCCAACGUGGAGGACAGCAUCGUCAGGAAGCUGAUGUUGGACACGUGGAACGAGUCCAUCUUCUCCAACAUCAAGAGUCGUCUCCAGGACAGCGCUAUGAAGCUGGUGCACGCAGAGAGACUGGGAGAGGCCUUCGACUCCCAGCUGGUCAUAGGAGUACGGGAGUCGUACGUGAACCUGUGCUCCAACCCAGAAGACAAGCUGCAGAUCUACAGGGACAACUUUGAGAAGGCCUACCUGGACUCCACUGAGAGGUUCUACAGAACACAGGCCCCCUCCUACCUGCAACAGAACGGGGUCCAGAACUACAUGAAAUAUGCAGACGCUAAGCUGAGAGAAGAAGAGAAGAGAGCACUUCGGUAUCUAGAGACGCGUGGUGAAUGUAACUCUGUACAGGCACUUAUGGACUGCUGUGUGAACGCCUUGGUGACGUCGUUCAAGGAGACCAUCCUGGCGGAAUGUCCCGGAAUGAUCAAGAGAAAUGAGACAGACAAGCUGCACCUGAUGUUCUCUCUGAUGGACAAGGUUCCCAGUGGGAUGGAGCCCAUGUUGAAGGACCUGGAGGAUCACAUCAUCAACGCUGGACUGGCAGACAUGGUGGCUGCUGCUGAGACGAUCACUACUGACUCUGAGAAAUACGUUGAGCAGCUGUUGACCCUCUUCAACCGCUUCAGUAAGCUGGUGAAGGAGGCCUUCCAGGAUGACCCUCGCUUCCUCACAGCCAGAGACAAGGCUUACAAAGCAGUCGUCAACGAUGCCACCAUCUUCAAACUGGAGCUGCCUUUGAAACAGAAAGGGGUUGGCCUGAAGACCCAGCCAGAGUCCAAGUGUCCUGAACUGCUUGCUAACUACUGUGACAUGCUGCUGAGGAAGACUCCGCUCAGCAAGAAGCUCACGUCUGAGGAGAUCGAGGUCAAGCUGAAAGAAGUGCUCCUGGUGUUGAAGUACGUGCAGAAUAAGGACGUGUUCAUGCGCUACCACAAAGCUCACCUCACCAGACGCCUCAUCCUGGACAUCUCAGCAGACAGCGAGAUAGAGGAGAACAUGGUGGAAUGGCUCAGGGAGGUGGGGAUGCCGGCUGACUAUGUGAAUAAGCUCGCCAGGAUGUUCCAAGACAUCAAGGUGUCUGAGGAUCUGAACCAGGUCUUCAAGGAGAUGCAUAAACACAACAAGUUAGCACUACCAGCGGACAGUGUGAACAUCAAGAUCCUGAACGCGGGGGCGUGGUCCCGCAGCAGUGAGAAGGUGUUUGUGUCUCUGCCCACGGAGCUGGAGGACCUUAUCCCCGAGGUGGAGGACUUCUACAAGAGGAACCACAGCGGACGCAAGCUGCACUGGCACCACCUCAUGUCCAACGGCAUUAUCACGUUCAAGAACGAGGUGGGCCAGUACGACCUGGAGGUCACGACCUUCCAGCUGGCCGUGCUGUUCGCCUGGAACCAGAGACCACGCGAGCGAAUCAGCUUUGAGAACCUCAAACUGGCCACCGAACUUCCUGACGCAGAACUGCGACGCACACUCUGGUCUUUGGUUGCCUUCCCCAAGCUGAAGAGGCAGGUGUUGUCCUACGAGCCCUCGGUCGGCUCCCCCAAAGACUUCACGGACAGCACGCUCUUCUACGUCAACCAGGAGUUCUCUCUCAUAAAAAACUCAAAGGUCCAGAAGAGGGGAAAGAUUAAUCUGAUUGGUCGCCUGCAGCUGACUACGGAGCGAAUGAGAGAAGAGGAGAACGAAGGCAUAGUCCAGCUUAGAAUAUUAAGAACUCAGGAGGCCAUUAUCCAGAUCAUGAAGAUGAGGAAGCACAUCAGCAACGCCCAGUUGCAGACGGAGCUGGUGGAGAUCCUGAAGAACAUGUUCCUGCCUCAGAAGAAGAUGAUCAAGGAGCAGAUGGAGUGGCUCAUCGAGCACAAGUACAUCAAGCGAGACGAGACGGACAUCAACACCUUCAUCUACAUGGCGUAGCACCGGCACACUGCCUGGCCCACUGCUGCCAGCCCACCGCCCCGGGCCGGAGGAGGAGGAGGAAGAGAGGGGGGAGGGGAGAUGUAGUUGUUUGGUUGGGGGAGACUGCGGCCGGCAGGAGUCGGGAGUGUGAAGAUUGUGGUUUGGCUGUCUGACUGGCAUCUUGUCUCUAGCGCCCUCCGGUGUUUAAGGAGGGGAGGGACAGCACACACAAUUGCCAGUCGCAGCUCUGAUAUGUGACAUUAAACUAUCCCCUGCCUUACCUUAGUUACAGACACACAGGAGCGCAGCCACGGGAAAGGACAACAGAAUAGUCUGUACAGAUCAAGAGACACGUGUUCCCUGGAGGGAACAAGAGAGACUACUGUAUACAGAGGAGAGACUACUGUAUACCGAGGAGAGACUACUGUAUACCGAGGAGAGACUAGUGUAUACCGAGGACAGACUAGUAUAUACUGAGGAGAGACUAGUGUAUACGAAGGAGUGUAUUUUGCCAAAUUUGUGUGCGUGGUAGGCGACUUGCCUUGCUGUGUGUGUGUGUGUGUGUGUGUUUGUGUGUACCGUGACAGCAUGCUGCUCCGUGGAAAACUUGUUCAUUUGAGGUUCCGUCACAAAGUGUGUGCGUGUGACCUUUACCCUUCUCGUCCUGCCCACACCCACAGUUACAGCUCACUUCCACGCACCAUGGCCGGGUGGGGAGGGGGCCACAUGUCCCCAUGGUGACAUUAUGGUGCCAGAUGUCAGACAGCCUAUUGGUUGUCGUGCAUAAACAACCAUUAAACCGCAUGACAUCCAAUUGGCCCUCAGAAUAAUGUGAGAGAGCCCUGUCCUGUGUGAGGUGCGUCCCAAUGACCUCUCGUCCCCUCAGAGACUGGAGGACAGGCAUCGCUGGCACGUUCCUCUGUUGCAGAUCUCCAGUCAGUGUUUGUGUCUGCAUGCCUUUGCCCCAUUUUUCAUUUUCUUCUUGAAUACGUUCUUUUCUUUUUCUCUCAGCUGACUUGUGUGUGGGUGUGGAAGGGUGGUGUUGAUUUCCCCGAGCUCUCAUGUAUGUCCUUGACUUUAACUGUCCACACCCCAGCCCUCCUUUUCACUCUUACUUUUGUCACGCCCUCCAAACACCCAGACUGUUGUCAUGGGUGUCAUCAUGAGGGUCAUGAACCAUCCUGGUCUACAGGUGAAAAGUGUCGCCAUGACAUUUCUCUUAUUCUUCGUCCUAAAGAAAGUGCAAUAUUUUGUAUUUAUUUUGAUCUCACGUGACAGUGUUAGUUAACCCUUCCACACCACCUCCACACUAGUCCAUGUGCCAAAGUACAGAACUGUGGUGCUGCUUAGUAAAACUAGUGUACUGGCAGCCCCCUCGCUCGCUCACUCACUCACUCACACACAGACACAGUGAGUCUUGGCAAAAAAAAAAAAGAUACUGUCAAUUUUUGUCUGGCACCGUGUUCCAUUUGCAAUCCUGUGAUUAUUUCCUACUUUGUGUUGUCCCUGUGGGUCAGUGUCAUCGGGUCAGAGGGAGAGGAUGGAAGAACAGGAAGGUGUCAUGGCAGAGAGUGUCUGUUUUCUUAUUGCACUGAUGUCACCACUGUCCCUUGAUCGCAGGGCGCAGGUCUUGCUUUACAGGAGCUCUCUUUGGAAUGAUUGGAAGGGACGAUCAUUUAGCGGUCGUACCCGUCCGUAUCUCUUCUCAGUGGAGUUUUGGUGUGGAGAGACUAGAUGGAGAAUGGGUGUGAGUUUGAAUUUUCCUGUUUUAUUUAUUUCAUAUUUAUAUCACAAUGUGAUUCGCUGUAUGAGUUUGUUUGUUUGUUUUUGUUUGUUUUUGUUUGUUUUUGUUUGUUUAGUUUUUGUAAUAGGGUUUGUAAAAGUAGCCCUUUCUAAACGGUGCUGUUAGUCAUGUACAUAACCACUUUGUGAGUGCGUUUUUUGAAAAGAUGAAAUACAGUCUGAGAGUAUCAACACUA